AUGGGGGCUACUCCCACCACGCUGCACCCCUCUGCACGAGGCCGGUUGCUGGAGGCAAGGACGCACUUCCUGCACAAGGGGCAGCACUCACGAGAAGCCUGCAGCAGUACCACCAGCAUCACGGACUCUCAGUUGCUGCAGCAGCACCUGCAUCAGCAGCUGCAGCAGUUGGGCUCCACGCACCUUUCUGACGCCGAAAUAGCAGAUGUUAUAGAAGGACGCGUGCCCUUGCUGCUGCAGAUCGAUGGCAGUAGGGGGCCCCCUCUGAAGGUAUGGGUACAGAGGGCUUUGCGGCAGCAGAACUCAGGGCUUGCUGAGGGGGAGGCGGUGCUGCAGUGGGGGCCCCAGUUGCAGUUGGUGUGUACAGACAGCCAGAUUGCCUCACAGCUGCGAGUCCUUUGGGGCAGAGUUUCUGCAGCAGCAUCAGGAGAGGCUGCUGCUGUUGCUGCUGCAGUGACGACGCCGCUAAGCUGCGACCGCGAGCUUGACCUUCCAGUGUUGCGUUGCUGCAGCAGCAGCUGCUGCAGCACAAGUCCUGAUGUUUAUACUGAGCUCAGCUCCUCAGGCCUCGCCCUUCUGCGCGUUUCGGCCCCUCCUACUCCCUGGGUGACGGCGUGCUUAUGGAGAAAGCGUUUCUAUUCUACAGUCGUUGGCUUGCUGCAGCAGCAGCAGCAGCAGCAGCAGCAACAGCAACUGCUGCUGCCGCAGCAUGGGAAUGAAGAAACUGUCGCUACACAGAUUGCUGAUACCUUGCCCAUUCGUCUGUGGCAAAUUGAAUGGCUGAGGCUGCAGAGGCUGUUUCGAGAGUCGCUUCAAGCGCUGUUCAAUACACUGCAGCAGCAGCAGCAGCAGCAGCAGCAGAAACCAUCUAUGCAGCAAGAGGCAGAGCAGCAGCUGCAGAAACGCUCUCCUGUAGAUUGCCCAUACGUGAGCCUAGCGUCUCGUCUUACUGCCGCCUUGGCAGCUUCAGCUGCCCCAGCAGCUGCAACAGAAACAGCAGCAGCAACAGAAAAAGCAGCAGCAGCAGCAGCAGCAGCAGCAGCGUCUGAGCACGGAGGGGUUCAAUCGUGCUGUUGUGGUUUAUGCGGGCCCGAGGUUCUCGAGGAGGGCAGCGUCUGUAGAGAGGAUUGUCCUGACGACCCCAGCUUUUGCUUGCCUUCUGCUGCUGCUGCUGCUGCUGCUGCUGCUCCUGCAGCUGCUGCUGCUGGGGGGGCUAAUCCAUUAGGCUCGCUGCUGUCUGAGGAGGACAGACAACAGCUCUUAACGGAAGCUCGCGAAGAAAGCCUUAAAAGGGAGCCUUUGCAGCAGCAGCAGCAGCAGUGGGGUCCUCUGGGGUUUGUCAGCAUUCAGAAGGUUGAGAGGAUCCGAGAGGCAUCUGCUGCUGCUGCUGCUGCUGCUGCUGCUGCUACUGAAGCUGCUGCAGAGUGUACAGAACGAGAGACCCUGCUGCUGCAUGCAAGUCUGAGGCCCCCCUCAUGCACGCCAUUUUUAAACUGCGGCAGUAAAACGCAUCUCUUCUUCCAGAGCAGCAGCAGCAACAGCAGCACCAGCAGCAGCAGCAGCAGCAGCAUCAGCAGCACAUAUCCACCUGCUCACUGUUGCUGCAUCGCCGAUGUGCAGGUGCACACCCCGUCCCUUCUGCUGCCUCCUUCAGCAGCAGCCCGCAGCAAGCCUGAGAGCUCCCAGCGGCUGCUGCUGCACCUGCAUCCUGCAUACCUCUACCUACUGGAGCAGCAGCAGCAGCAGCAGCGGCAGCAGCAGGAGCAGCAGCAGCAACGGGAGGAGGAAGAUGAUCUACAGCCGUGGACUGCAGCAGGAGAGGCUUUGCUCCUUCGGGCCAUUCAGUGCUGUCGCGUGGGAGAAGCAGCAACGUUUCAGGUGCAGCUGCAGCAAGACAGCAGCAGCAGCAGCAGCAGCAGCAGCAGCACAGGCGAGUCAGGGCAGCAGCAGCUAGUAGUAGCACUGUCUGUACACCUUAUAGACGUCCUCCCCCUCCCUUCCUUCACGCAUUCAUUCUUUGGAAGCAGCAGCAGCAGGAGUAGCAGCAGCAGCAGGAGCAGCAGCAGCAAGACACAGCACCAGCAUGAUCAGCUGACGAAAGAGCAACGCUCUUCUGACCUGCGACAGCAACAACUGAUGCUGUGCAUACAGUGGCAGAGGGCCUUGCUGCUAGUGCAGCGCGAGCUGCAGCAGUUUGCUGCUGCAUGCAUUGCUCUGCUGCUGCAGCAGCAGGACCGGCCAACUCCGUUGCUGCGUCGGCUGCUGGCGUGCGCCUGCAAGAGCUGUCGAGACACUGCAAGGCCCCUAGCAGCAGCAGAGCAGCAGGAGCAGCAGCAGCAGCCGAAGCAGCAGCACCGCAGCAGCUCCAGAGCGCCACUACCCCGCCGCAAUAGCAGCAUGACAACGGCAGCUGCAGCAGCAGCCCGCAGUUUACUAGGCCUAGCUUCUACGGAGCAGCAGCAGCAACAGCAGCAGCAGCAGCCAGGCACCAGCAAGCUAAGGGGCCUCCUCAUGAGAGGCAGAGCAAAGAUAUCACGGCCCAAAGUGGAGGCAGAGCAGCAGCAGCAACAGCAGCAGCAGCAGCAGCAGCAGCAACAGCAGCAACAGCAGCAGUAUCAACAGCAGCACAGCGGCUCCGUUGUCCGUAGCCUGAGUCGUCAAGGCCUGGCCUCCACGUUUCGACGCCUCCGCAGCCGCAGCAUCGACAAGUGGAUGUACCAGCAGCAGCAGCAGCAGCAGCAGCAGCAGCAGCAGGGUCAUGUCUCCUCAGCAGCAGCAGCAGCAGCAGCAGCACAAGGUUUUCCUAGCAGCAGAGGGGACCCCGGCAAAGAGCUAGAAGGGGGCAGCCUCUGGCGUCUGUGUGCGGCUACCCGAAAAGCCAGCACUCUUCUUUUCCUCUCAGACUUUCAGCAGCUAUUUGACGCUGCAUGCGCUAGCAGCAGCAGCAGCAGCAGCAGCAGCAGUGGCAGCAGCAGCUGCAGCAGCGACACACCAGUGCUUAGAUCCUACCGGCGGCGGCUGCGGGAGUUGCUGCAGCAGGGCGUCUGCAUCCAGGGCGUGUUGGUGCAGCAGAUCAGCAGCAGCAGGCUGUGGCAGCAGCUGCAGCAGGAACAGCGAGCAGCACAAGCAUCCCUGUGGCAGCAGCAGCAGCUCGCGCUUUCACCGCUGUUUCUUCUUCUGGAGCUAGGCGGCCUGUGCUUCUUUGUCUGUCCCCUGCAGCAGCAGCAGCAACUCCAACGCUUUCAGCUGCCGCUGCUGCCCCUCUGCCUGCAGCGCCUCAUUUCGGGCUGCGGGGAGGCUGCAGCAGCAGCAGCAACAGAGCGUGGCGACGCAUUGGUCAGAGCGCGUGAUACGCUGCAGAAGCAGCAGCAGCAGCAGCAGCAUGAACUUGGGGCCCCUUUGGCUCUCACUGACGCUCUGCUGCCGCUGCCCUUCACUGCUGCUGCCUUCUCAGGGCUCGUGUGCACAGAGGCUGCUGCUCUUGAGGCUGCAGGAGACGCAGUAUGGAUGCUGCAGCAGCGCUUUCUACAGCUCCAAGACAGCCAGGAAGAACCACAGCAGCAGCAGCAGCAGCAGCAGCAGCAGCGAGUGUGGGGCCUUGUAUAUGAGGCUGACAGUGCGCUCCCUUCCUUUGUGCCUCUGGAUGUGCCUGCAGCAGCAACGCAGCAGCAAAGGCAGCGGGCGUUCCUUGCAGCAGCAGCACCACCUUCGUUUGCUGCUGGUGAUAGUAGAGGCCAGCAGCAGCAGCACCACUGGCAGCCGCUGCAGCAUUGCCCCCAUAUCUCCCCGCACUCCUGCUGCUGCUGUGCUUCAGCAGGGCCUAAACAAGAGCAACUCUACAGCAGCAGCAGCAGCGGCAGCACGAAGGCCUUUUGCCAUCGUUGCAGGGUUGCAGCAGCUCCCUCUACAUGGCCAGCAGCAGCAGCAGCAGCAGCAGCAGCAGCAACAGCAAGCAGCUUUGAGGAGACACCAGCAGCAGACUUCGUCACCGGAGAGUCUUACGUCUGGACCUCAAGGGGUAGGGCCCCCCCCUUUGCGGGGGCCCCCGUCGAGUCUGUCAGCCUCGCUGUGCUGCCCAAGGCAUGUGUUAAAUAUAGACGAUCCAGCAGCAACAACAGUUGCAACAGCAGCAGCAGCAGCAGCAGCAGCAGCAUGAGACUGCGCGCCAGGGCUGUAGCAGAGGCGCUGCUGCAGCGGCAGCUGCCGCAUACCGACGGCCCCACAGUCCAGGCUGCUCUGAGACAGGGGGGUCUCUCUGCGGGUGUGGGUUUGUGGCUGCUGCUAGAUGAGUUGCUGCUGCUGCUUGCUGCUGCUGCUGCUAAGGACGAACAACAGCGGCAGAUAUGUUGCAGCAGCAGCGCUCAACUCGUCGCCACAGCAGCUGCAUGCGUCUUACUAUGCAAAGCGUUGCAUAAAGUGCUGCGGUAUGAGCAGCAAGUCGCGUGCUGCUGCUGCAGCCCUGCUGCUGUUUGUGAGCACUUCUCUACCUACGCCGCUCUGUGGGCGUUUUCAAGCGAAACACAGCAGCUGCUGCAGCAGCAGCAACCCGCAGCAGCAGCAGCGACAGCAGCAGCAGCAGGUGUGCAACUUGAAAAGGGUCUCCGUGAGAGCUGUUUGCUGCUGCUGCACCGCCGCGUCUGUCUGGCUCUUGCAGCCUCUCUUAUCCGUGCAGAUGCGCUUAGCUGCAUGCUGCUGCCGCUGCCUAUGCUGCUUCGCUGCUGCCUCUCCGCUGCUCUCAAGAGCCCUUCUGUUCUCUUUGAGGAGCUGCAGCAGCAGCAGCACGCGCUGCCGAUCAGCCGCUACGCGCCUGCUGCUCAGCCUUGGGUCCCCGCAUCUGGAGCAGCAGCAGCAGCAACGGCCGGAGCAGCACCAGGAGCAGGAGCAGCAGCAGGGGAAAGCGAAGCAGCAGCAGCAACAGCACUGGGUCUGUGGGGCCGCGUGGCGGUUAAGCCCCCGUUGCCCUGCGCGACGGCCUGUGUCUCUGCUUUGCUGCUGACGGAGCUCGUGCUGCAUCCUCCUACACCCGGCAGCGCCUUGAAGGCCCCUUGCGCUGACUCAAUAGAAGAAGAAGAAUAUUUCGUGGGGGCCCCGCUGCUCGACUGGGGUUGGUUGGGGGCCCCCGGGGCCUCCGCAGCCGCUGCCCUUCCCUUUGGGGGGGGUAGACGACUCUCCCCUCUCUCUCUGCCUGCUGCUGCUGACCUAGGGGGCCCCCUGCAGCACCCAUUGAGGGCCCCCAGGGGGCCCCAAACAGAAGCGGUGACGCAGAUACUGAGCCCGGAGUUUAUUGCUGCUGUCCCCGCUACCCUGAGGGGGGGGCUGCUCUGCCAGCUGCUGCUGCGCGCACUGGCACCUCCAGAGCCAGCCCCGUGGAAGGCAUAUCGCAUGCAGCAGCAGCAGCUGCAGCAGCUGCAGCAACAGCAGCAACAGCAGCAGCAGCAGCAACAGGGAUAUGUUCUGGGGAGACGCCUCGACGGCGUUUCUGCCGCAGCAGAUGACCACUUGCUGCGGCUGCUGAUGCUGCUGCUGCUGCACUUUGACAGCUGGCUGGGAUUUUCAGGGCUCCCAGAGCAGCAGCAAGCCGAGUACCCUGCAGCAGCAAAGCGAACAGGAGCAGCAACUGCAGCAGCAGCAGCAGCAGCAGCAGCAAGACCCGGAGACUCUGAUGGGCCCCGGCUCGUUGCCCCCUUUGGCCUAGACGGCGGGUUCUGCGCCCCAGGCAGCAGCCUGCGGCAGCACCAGCUCAGCAUCUUCGCGGCCCUUUCAAAUGCAGUUGAGGGGCUUCGCUUGGGGGGGCCCCCAGGGGGCCCCCAGGGCUGUCUUCUUGCUGCUGUCCUGUGA